GAUAAACUGUUCCAGUUACAUGUUCUCAAAUUGAUUACAGUUUUUUCUCUUCUAAGUAGUUAAGCACAAGUACCCUCAAUAUGACCAUGUCAGACUCCGUGACCAGCAGCUCAGUCCUACACCGGAACACCCGCUUCGUCCCCAAAAAAGCCAUCGGCGGUAAAGGCAGUUACAUCUUCCUCGAAGAUGGCACCAAGUUUCUCGACUCGACCGGCGGUGCCGCCGUAUCCUGUCUAGGCCAUGGCCAUGAGGAAGUCAGCCAGGCCGUGAUCGACCAGAUCAACCAGAUAUCCUACUGCCAUACGGCGUUUUUCGGAACAGAGGCAUCCGAAGAGCUCGCUCGUCUUCUCACCGAGUCGACAGGAGGCAAGAUGUCCAAGCUGUUCGUCGUUAGUUCCGGCUCCGAAGCCGUCGAAGCAGCCCUAAAACUAGCCCGGCAAUACUUCCUCGAACUCCCCACCCCCCAACCCCAACGCACGCGAUUCAUCGCCCGAAAGCCCUCCUACCACGGUGUCACUCUAGGCGCGCUAUCAGUCGGCGGACAUAUGAUUCGUCGAGAGCCCUUUGAGCCUCUUCUGUCAAGCAACACAUCCCAUGUUUCUCCCUGCUACCCCUACCGAGGCAAAACCCAGGGCGAGUCCGACGAAGAAUACGUCGCCCGACUAGCGACAGAACUAGACGAGGAGUUCCAGCGCGUCGGACCAGAGAAUGUCUGCGCGUUCAUCGCAGAGCCGGUUGUUGGGGCGGCCCUCGGCGCCGUCGCCGCCCUGCCCGGAUACUUCCCCGCCAUGAAAUCCAUCUGCGAGAAACACGGCGCAUUGUUUAUUCUCGACGAGGUAAUGUGCGGGAUGGGUCGUUGCGGGACUCUCCACGCGUGGGAACAAGAGAACGUGGUGCCUGAUCUCCAGACUAUCGGUAAGGGACUGGGAGGCGGGUACGCGCCCGUUUCUGGUCUGCUAAUCGGGGAGAAAAUCGUGGAUGUGAUGGACAAAGGCACGGGGGUGUUUCGACACGGUCAGACGUAUCAGGGGCAUCCGGUGGCGUGUGCUGCUGCGUUGGCGGUGCAGAAGGUCAUUAAACGGGACAAUUUGCUGGAGAAUGUGAGGACGAUGGGGAAGUAUUUGGAGGAGGGGUUGAGGAGUCGGUUGGGAGGGCAUCCGAAUGUGGGGGAUAUUAGGGGGAAGGGGUUGUUUUGGGGGAUUGAGUUCGUUAAGGAUAGGGAGACUAAGGAGCCGUUUGGGCCGGAGUUGGGAGUGGCGUUUCAGAUUCAGGAAACGGGGCUGGAUCCGGAGUUUGGCGUCUCGUUGUAUGCUGCUAAUGGGACGGUGGAUUGCAUGCGAGGGGAUCAUAUUAUUUUGGCGCCGCCGUAUAAUGUCUCCAAGGAGGAGAUUGAUAUCAUUGUGGAUACGGCGGCGAAGGUGGUUGAUGUGGUUUUUGCCAAGUUGAAGACGGCUUAAUUGGUUGGUGGAGUUUUAUGAAAUACGGACUAUGGAUGUUAUAUUUCUUGCUUGAUGGCAGUGGCAACGUAUAUUCAUUAUGUUUAUUGUUUCCUGUGCAUGCCGAGCAACUUCAGCCGGGUAUAGUCUUAG